AUGUCAGUGCAGAUUGAAGAGAAUAGAGAGUCCUAUCGACAGCUACUCAAUGCCAUUUAUUCCAGUGCAGACUUCACUUUCUUUACACUUCCAAUUGAUGGCAAAAUAUUUAUGGACAAGCUUCAUAAAUUCGUUCUGGACUUUUGUGGGCUCGCUAGCUCAGCAGUGGCCGUAGGGCAGGGCCGUCACCGCUUUUCCUCUAGACAGUCCUGGGUCAUUCCUCCGGACGCGUCCAGCAGCGCCACGUGCCGUGAGCGCGCCGCGCCCCCGAGGCGGUCACGCGGGGAGAGGGCGCCGCUGUGCGCCGCACACCUCCAAGGAGAGAGGAAGGGUGCAAGGACGCCCCACUGUGUCCGCGGGUCUAAUUCCGGACUAGGCUGGCGAGGGAGGGCUUGUCUCUCCGCGAGCGACGUCCGCCUCCCAGGCAGCAGAGUCGGGACAGCCCGAGUGCCCCCGCGGAGCGCGGCUUUGCAGCUCGGGAAAAAUCCAGAGGCCCUGUGCAGGGCGGGAACUGGCGUCUGGGGACAACCCACCCCACAGGCCCGGCCGACGUGCCGGUGGGGUGGAGGCACCCAGAACUCCCAGGAUGAGAGUGAAGCCGGCGCACGCCCCACCUUGGUGCGCGGCCCCGGCCUGCGCCGGUGGAGGACAGGCCUCCGCGGCACCAUUCGAGCCCCACCUUGUGCGGCGUGCCGCUCGGACGAACUCUUGCCCCCUCUCCGGGAACUAAGACAGCCAGAAUUCAAGCAAAAUGUUGUCCUGGCAUCCAAGGAUUUGACCACUGAAGUUUAUUUCCCUUCAGUCAAAUUCAGGUCACAUCUUCCUGUAGUUUUCUUAUAUAAAAAUUACAACUUCACAGAUUCUAACUUUCCCCAGCGCACGGGAUACAGCCACGUUCUACUCAUGUUCAUAGGUCGUGACUAA